CCUCUUCUCCAUUCUCAGGACCCUGAUGCCUUUGUUUGACCCUGACUCAGGCCUCCUCACAGUAUCUGGGAUGGGAGAUAGUGUCAUUGACUGCUUCGAGGUGUCUGCCACUGAACCGUUCCUUUCCCAAGUGAGCCACUGUCUGACGGACGCCCCAACGCGAGGCGUUGCCAUGGUACCCAAGUUGGCAUUGGAUGUCAUGUCCUGUGAGGUCAUGCGGGUCCUGCAGCUGACGGACAGCUUCAUCGUGCCAAUCAACUACCACGUGCCCCGCAAGUCAGGACAGGAGUUCCAUGCAGACCUGUACCCAGACACCUUGGGCCGUAAGGCAGCCAUGUCAGCUGCAGAGUGGUGGAAAGGUGGCGAGAAACAGGUUGAGAAGGUCAAUGUCAACCCAUCCAAUCGUCAGAAGCCUAACAACGCUAAACCAGCCAAUCAGACGGCUGCUAAGAAAGAGCUGCCCAGUGGGAGGAGCAAAGAGGAGGCUCCCAUGCGAGGCUGCUCCACCUCCAGCAGUCCCCUGAGCUCCCCCAGCAGCAGUGCUGCCCCGUCCCGCUCCCCCUCCUCCACCUCUGGCCUCUCCUCAGGCUUCCUCCCCAGCCCCAGCCAGAGUGCCAAAGCCAUCAGCAGCAUGUUGGGUCCCAGCAGUAAGUUUCGUCACCUGCAGGGUGCGGUGCUUCACAGAGACACGCACUUCACCAACCUGAAGGGGCUCAACCUCACCACGCCCGGGGAGUGUGAUGGCUUCUGUGCCAACCGCCAUCGCGUGGCCGUGCCCCUCGCCACCGCCGGGGGUCAGAUCGCCAUCUUUGAGUUGUCUCAGGCUGGGAAGCUAGCGGACACGGGCCUGCCCACCAUCCAGAACUCUGUCAACGUGGCUGACUUCUCCUGGGACCCCUUCAACAGUCACAGGCUGGUGGUGGCGGGCGAGGAUGCUAAGAUCCGUGUGUGGCAGGUGCCUGAGGGGGGUCUGACAGAGACCCUGACUGAGCCAGAGACCAUCCUGCAGGGCCACACUGAGAAGAUCUACUCAGUCAAGUUCCACCCCCUGGCGUCGGGCCUGCUGGCAUCCUCCUCCUACGACCAGACGGUGCGCCUGUGGAACCUGGAGUCUGGGGACGAGGUCAAAGCGCUCCGGGGACACCAGGAUCAGAUAUUUGGGAUGGCGUGGAGUCCGGAUGGUAAACUCCUGGCCACGGUGUGUAAGGAUGGGAGACUGCGCAUCUACGACCCUCGCAAGUCUGCUGACCCAGUACAGGAGGGUGCAGGUCCUGAGGGCCACAGAGGGGCCCGUGUGGUGUGGGUGUGUGACGGCAAAUACCUGAUGGUGUCAGGAUUCGACAGUCGCAGUGAGAGAACCCUGUACCUGCACUCCGUUGAGUCCCUGUCCUCCGGGGCCAUCGCCAGCGCCCCCACCGACGUCUCACCCUCCACCCUCAUUCCCUUCUACGACCCCGACACCAGCGUCGUCAUCCUCACCGGAAAGGGUGACACGCGAGUGUACAUCUUUGAGAUAGUGCCAGAAGCUCCCUAUUUCCUGGAAUGUGCCAGCUUCAACUCCUCAGAGCCCCACAAGGGCUUGGCCUUCCUGCCGAAGACUGAGUGUGUGGUGCAAGAGGUCGAGGUGGCCAGGGGUCUGAGGCUCAGUAAGACCUCCAUAGAGCCAGUGGCCUUCAGAGUCCCCCGCGUCAGAAAAGAGUUCUUCCAGGAUGAUGUGUACCCAGACACAGCAGUGUGGUGGGAGUCCUCUCUGACAGCCUCAGCCUGGCUGGCUGGUUCUGAUGGGAAGCACCAGUCCGUCAGCCUCAAGCCCAAAGACAUGACCCCAGUGAGUGAGGCGCCCAAGGAGGUCCAAGUGAGAAAGUACCUUCCAUCCUCUCACUACCUGGAGGAGAAGACUGACGAGCAGAAGAAAGAUGAGCUGUUGAGUGCCAUGAUAGGCAAGCUGGGGAUGGAUGACAACCCUCUACCACAGGAGUCCUUCCAGGGAGUAGAAGACGAUGAGUGGGGUGACUAGUGUGUGUUGCCUUGCGGACCAAUCAGGGUCCAGCAGUAGCCAAGGGCCUGUUGGACUGAAACGUGUCAUUCCUGUGUGCCACUGAUGUGUCCUAUGUCAAAAGAACAUCUCUCAAACGCAUAACAUUAACCUGUCAUUAGGGUUGUAAAAUUCUGUCAACAAAAUGUCUAGCUUUUCCAGAAAUACCAAUUGGAGAGCCCUACCUCCCAUAUCCUUGUAUCAUCCUCUAAUACUCUGAGUAAGUAGAUGUUGCCUCUAACCAUUGACUGAAUCAGGAUCAGAUAUGUUUUCCUCCCCAUAAUGUUUAAAGGUAGGACUGGGGUUUGGGAAUCUGAUCCCAGGUCUGUUGUUAAAGGCAACCUCACCCCAAUUUGACCUUUGACUUGCAGCUGCCUUGUACUGUAAAUAGCUAACAUUCCUACCAGGCUAGAUAGUUAAAUGACUCCCAGCACUCCCUUACAACCCAG